AAGUGUUCGCAGUGAAGUAUUAAGAGUGCGUAGUGAAGUAAGUGUGAAGAAGAACCAAGGAGGACCUUUUAAGCGAUACAAAGCGGAACAGCUCAAAGAAGAAGAAGAAGAAGAGCAACAAUAAUAACAACGUCCCCGAGGAGUGCUCAACAGGUUGCUGUGCCCGCCCCGCCCCCACGACACCGACACCUCAAAGAAAAUUCAAGAGGCAUCACCUCUCGGCCUGCUGGCUAAGGGCAAGUAUGGGAACUUGCAUUUGACUCAAGAUGGACCAUGAAAGACAGAGGGUGUGUGAAGCUAUUAACAGAAAUGUCAAGAGCCUAGCCACACACACAGAUCCUCCUACUGAGAACUUUCAUGAAGAGCUGCAUUACGGGAACAAACACACUUUAGAAACAAAACAAGAGGACAGUUUAACAGUGCCACUAGUUUACUCUUCAAAUUCAACCCCCCAAAAUUUUACCAACUUCAUACAAGCAGUGCCCUCAUCAGGCACUGUAGGAGUUUAUACAAGUAGUGCUUCUUUUCAGCAGGUUCUCAGUGUCAGUCCACCCAUAGCCACCUACCAUGGUGGUCAAGGAUCCGCCGCAGCAUACUCAGCAGGGCAUGCAUGUCACCUCCCUCCAGGCCUACCACAGCUGCCUCAAACCCCAGGGUUCCUCACUGGGGCUGGCUACCACCUGGGCCCCUCAGAGGCAUCUCUCCUUGGGAGUCAGAGAUUUACAGGGUGCCCUCUGCUGCCUCCUGGCCAAGCAGGAACAGCACUUCAUUUUGCUGCCAUUAUUGGAGACAAGAAAAAGUUAGCUGUUGCCCUACAAGAUAAGAAUGUUAACCUUGAAGCCCGGGAUCGCUGGGGACGCGUUGCUUUGGUGUUUGCGGUGCUGGGGAACCACCAGGAAUGUGUUGAGUUGCUGCUGCAUGCUGGGGCCAAGCCUGAUGCUGUAGAUUCUCACAGACGCACUCCUUUACAUUUUGCAACGUAUAAAGGUCACUUGUUUUGCAUCAAAGCCAUUCUUCAUGCAAUAGAGAGCAAGAACACUUCACACACUGAGCAUUGCAAUGGCAUGUGGCUGGCUCAGGAUGUGCGAGGCGUGACACCGCUACACCACGCAGCCGUCCAUAGCAACCAUAAAUGCCUCCAGGCUCUCCUCAAAUAUGCAGUUCCAGGAACACUGGAUACAGAAGACCACAAAAAGAGGACUCCCCUUCACUGGGCUGCAGCAUAUGGAUCCCAGGAGAAUGUACGACUCCUCAUAAAGUAUGGGGCCAACAACCUUAUGCCUGACCAGGAAGGCAAAACCCCUCUACACUGGGCAGCCAUGAGCGAAGUGGAGGGAGCAAAGGAUUGUGUGCGUACAUUGAUAGGUGCGGCACCUUCCAGUGUCAAUUGGCAGGACUAUGAUGGCAUAACAGCCCUACACUUAGCUGUGGCAGAAGCAAGGAAAGACACAGUGGAUGUGAUACUGUCAGUCCCAAACUGCAAUGUUGCUUUAACAGAUAACCAGUUCAGAACUGCUUUGCAUUGGGCCUGUAGCAGGGGGCUGAGUGCCAUUGCUGCUCUCUUGAUGAAGCGCAUUUCCCAAGUGGAUGCUGUUGACAUUUAUGGGGCCACACCACUCCACUAUGCAGCCCAGCACAACCAUGCAGAGUGUGUGGAACUGCUGAUGAGACGUCAGCGAGCGAGGGACAUUUCCUCUUCAGAUGGUCAUACAUCUCUCAUGUGGGCUGCUGCACAAGGAGCUGACUCAGCCCUCACAGCAAUGGUGCGCCAAGGGGCCUCUCUAACCCAGGCUGACCCCAGGGGCUGCACUGCAUUGCAUAUUGCUGCAGGUACAGGACACAGCUCUACUGUCAGGCUUCUGUUAUGCCUUCAAGCACCCCCAGAUGUGUGUGCUAAUGAUGGAAGAACACCUGUGCACUUUGCUGCCCGAGCAGGACACACACAGAUAGUGAAAGAGCUGGCUAAGGCUGGAGCAUCAUUGCAGCGAAGAGAUGAAGAGGGACAGUGUGCCCUCCACCAUGCAGUGCUUGGUGGUCACCUCUUCUUGGCUCAGAUCCUCAUAAGGGCUGGUACAUCUGUCAGUGUGCAAGACUACUAUGGCCGCACCCCACUCCAUAUGGCAGCAUACAGAGGCCUUAGUGACAUCAUGUUCCUCUUGCUGGAGAACCGUGGUGAUGUUAAUGCCCGAGACUUUGAGGGACUGAGUGCACUCCACUGGGCUGCUGAGCAAGGUCAUUUGGGUGCUGUCAACACACUGCUGGACUUCCAUGCUUACCCUAACUAUACUCAGUCAACUCCCAACAGAUAUACUCCAUAUGACUGUGCAUGUGUGGCUGAACACCUGGAAGUGGCACAGGUUGUGGCAGAAGCAGGAGGAAUCUCAGUAACUGAAAUAAUGGAAGUUGCUGCAACCAGAAUUCAAGCUGCUGUGCGAGGCCAUUUAGCACGCAGCAAGUUGAAAAUGCAGCAGGGACUUCAAGGGAAUCUAGAGCUAUACCGGCAUGUGACACUCUACGCAGAAGCCGACCCUGCCUACUGGAUUGUUGAGGCAAUGCACAAUGGAGGCGGCCGAGGGGACACCCACAAAGCUCAUGACAUCAGCAUCUUCAUAUAUCCUAAAGAGUAG